GCAAACCUUCCUCGUAAUUUUUUCUGCACAGACUGGAAAUCCCAUCAUGAUAAACCAGAUAAAGAAAACCCACAGGAUCCCAUAUUAAAGAACCAGGAUAAUGUCCAAUUUUCUCAAACUCCAAACCCGUUACCGCAUUCUCCUUCAAACUACCAAGAUAGCUAUUCCAUCACGCCAGAUUCUAGACUUUUAUCUCCCGUUCGUCCAUGCUGCGUUUCGAAACACCAUUAUUCGAGGAGUGACACGAUAUAAAACACCAUAUCCGUCAACAAGCAAGCGAACACAUCUCCCGAUUGCGAUUGCGAGGGCGAGUGAUAAAGACGAAGACUAGAUUUCUUAUCUUGUUGAUUGCGAAGGGGGUUGAUUUAUCUUCACACACAAUCGGAUCGCAGCUUUGUACUUGAUAUAUUUGACGAAAUCAUGGCGAAUAGAUUCGGCGCAUCGUCUCUCCAUCAACGCGAUCCGCGCAGUGCGCUUUUCGAAAACUAUAACGCGGGCGCCAGUCCCAGGAAUGCGAGCUCGAGUCCGGCGCCUAGGGGGUAUGGGUAUAAUGGGGGAGGGAGUGUAGGAGGGUAUUCGGGAGGGGGGUAUGGAGAGAGAGAGGAUAGAGCGGGGAGUGCGCAGGGGUUUAGGAGCGCGACGCCGAAUAGUAGGGGCCAAUACAGCGACGCCGUACUCAACGAACUCGAAAGUCAAAACAACGACCAAGUCGAAGGUAUCAUGGGAAAAGUGCGACAACUGAAAUCCAUGACCAUCGCCAUCGGCGACGAAAUCCGCGAAUCCUCUGCGCUCGCCGAAAAAAUGAACGAUAAUUUCGAAGGCGCCCGCGUGCGCAUUCGAGGAACCAUGAAUCGCAUGUUGAUCAUGAGCCAGAAGACGGGGGUGAGUUGGAAAGUGUGGAUUUUGUUUUUCGCAGCGGUGUUUGGGUUGUUUUUCUGGGUGUGGGUUUUUUAGCCGGGGGAAAGGGGGGGGGGGAAGCAGAAAAGAGAAUUGUAUAAAUACAAACUACAUAAUACGUUUACCGCACCGCAAAACACGAAGAGAAAAGAGAGAAAGAGGAUGAAAAGCAGAUUCGAGAAAGGAAGUAAGGAAGUAAGAAAGAGAGAGAGAGAGAGAGAGAGAGAGAGAAAGAAAAGGGUAAGAAAAUACCGAUCGAUACACCACAGUCUAAUAAUGAAAUGCACGGAAUAACACGCACGACAUGACGGCGUUAUGGAGAGAGAGAAAAUCGGGUGGGUUGUUUGUAUCUUCAUAUCAUAUCAUAGCAUAGCAUAGCAUUGCAUAUAUCACAACGUAUCAAAACAAAACGAAUCAAAUCAAAUCAUAACAUAGCA